AUGUCAGGUGAAAAGUUGCAGGAAAUAUUUUGGUCUGUAGAAGAGCUAAUUUAUAUACAUUACCAAGAUGAACAUAUAUAUGAGAUUAAGGAAAAAGAAAUUAUAGAAUCUUUAUCAAGAUUAUAUUAUAAUAAUGUAGUAGAUUUGAAAAAGAAUAAUGAAAUAUUAAUUAAUGUUGUAGAAGAACCAAAUAAAUUAAAAAAUAAUCUUUUGGAAAUUUUGAUAGAAGAAUUUAUGGAUUUAUUUAGCGUCAUAAAAUUAAUUAAAAAUUCAAACCAUAAAAAAUGUAUUACGCAUCGAUUUAUUCAUAACAUUUUUAAUUAUAUAAAAGAUGUUUUUACUAAUAAAUCAUCUAUUAGCAAUAUAGAAGAUAUUAAAAAAGAAAUAUAUAAUUAUAUAUUUAUGGAAAAAAAGAAACAUCAAGAAAUGAAAUAUGAUAAUAAUAUAUUUUUACGCACAUGUUAUAUUUUUUUAUAUGAAAUAAAAAUAUUAUUAUGUUGUUAUAUUUUAUUAAAUAUAUUUGUUCAAUAUAAUUGGACUGGUCCUCCACUGAAUUAUGAUAUUAAAGAUAAACAAAUUAAUGAUGAUGAAGAUAUUUAUUUUAAAGAUUUCAUACAUGCUAUACAUAUAAAAAAUAAUACGAAAAUUUUAAAUUCGUCUUUAAUUUUUUUAAGUUUAGAAGGUGAAGAAAUAUAUGAAUAUUGUGAAUUAAUAAAUUCUUUUUCUUUAUGUGUUAUAUUUUUAGGAUUAAUAAAUAAUUAUAACAAUAAAACGGAUAAUCAUAUAUUUUCCUUUUGUGAAUAUGAUCAUUUUUUUGGUUCUCAAUGUGAUGGAAACAUGAAUAAGUCGAUGGGCUCUCCUGAUAAUGAAAAUAAUGAAAAUAAUAAAAAUAAGGAAAAUAAUAAAAAUAAUGAUAAUAAUGAAAAUAAUAAAAAUAAUGAAAAUAAUGAAAAUAAUGAAAAUAAUAAAAAUAAUGAUAAUAAUGAAAAUAUUUAUAUUAAUGAAAAUAUUUAUAAUAAUGAUAAGAAGAAUAAUUAUUUUUAUCCUUGUAACAAAUUAUAUGAUAAUUUAAAAUUAUUAUAUUUUGUUAAAAGCAAAUAUUUGUGGAAAGCUAGGAUUUUUUUCAUAUGGCAAAGAUUAUUUACUUCAAGUAAUGAUUAUUAUUAUUCUUUAAAAAUUAAUAUUAUUGAUAAACCUAUAGAGAUAUUUAAGACUAUAAAAAUUAUACCUCCUGAUUUUGAAUUAAUUGAACAAGAUAUAAAUAUAAAUGAAAUUUAUGAUAUUGUAGAUUGUGUAAAAGAAAAUUUAAAACAUGUGAAAUAUUGUAAUUUAUUUUACAAUAAUUAUAUGUCAACACAAUUUAAAAUAUAUGUAUUAUCCAAUUUCUCUAUGUAUCUAGCUUUUUAUAAUUAUACAAGUGCCUAUCAAAGGAUAUUAGAUUUAUUAUCACAAAUAAGUCAUUUUCAGUAUACCUUUACUGGCCGAAUGGGAAUAAAAAGAAUGUAUCAGAAAAUACCAGCAACUAUACUUGUAUUAAAAACAAAAUUAGAUGAGCAGGAAGAUAAUACAUCUACCAUAUUAAAAGAAAUUGAACCUCUUAGUGAGUACGAUAUAUUAAGGAGUGAUUAUCGUAUUAUUGAUCAUGAUGAACAUAACGUGCAGAUAUCUAAUGUUAAUCAACAUAUAAAUAUAGAUGAUGAUGAUGAUGAUACUAAUAGUAAUAAUAAUAUAUGUAUAAACAUAUGUAAUAAACAAAAUGUAUCCUUAAAAAGAGAAGAAAUAAAUCUUUUGUCAAAUAAUAAUACUUCUUUCGAAAAAGCACCACUUCAACAAUUAUUAUCUCAAGAACAAAAAAAUACACAAGGUCAUUUGAAAAACACACUUAUAUGUAAUAAUGAAUUAGAACACCAAAGAAUGUCCAAUGCAUGUUGUAAUAAUAAUAUAAAUGAACAUAAAAUAUAUCAAAAAACCGAUGAACAUAAUAAUUAUUUUGAUUUGUGUAAUGACGAUUCUUCAAAGGAAAUUGUUCCAGAAAAAAACAUGUAUCAAUUUAAAAAUGAUAAAAUGAUUAAUUUUGGAGAUCAAGAUGAGAUAGAAAAUAAAAAAAAGGAUAAUAUAACAAAUGGUAAUAUAGACAAUACAUUGGAAGAUUAUAUUAAAAAUGAAAGUAAAGAAAUUGUUAAAAUUUCUAAUGAAGUACAAAAAAAUAAUUCAAAAGUAACUUGGAAAUUAAAAGAUUUUGAUCCAGAUACAGAUAUAUUAGAAGAACCACAUUUUGUUGAUUCGCAAAAUAAUAUUUUUAAAGUUCUAUCUUUUCAAGAGCAAAUAUGUUUAAUCAAUUAUUCUUUUUCAAUGAUCAGAUUUAAUCCUCAUUAUGAUGAAAUAAAAUUUGAGAAAUUAAAUGCGGUGAUAUCUAGAUGUCUCAAGUGUUAUGAUGUUAAUCAAAAGGAUUCCCAUUUGGAAAAAGAUAAUAAUAAAAACAAUAAUAAUAAUAAAAACAAUAAUAAUAAAAACAAUAAUAAUAAUAUAAAUAUAAUAGGUAGUAAUAGUACAAAUAUAUCAAGCAAUUAUGUACAUCCUAAUUUAUCUAAUAAUUGUACUUCCUAUAGAGAUCAAAGAUAUUCAUCUCAACAGUUAAAAUACCAAAACUGGCUUUUACAUUCAUGCAUGUUAUGGUUCAAAUGUAAAGGAGAAACGUUUCGAUUUAAGACUGUUGAUAGAGCUGCAGCCCAAUUAAAUGAACUACAUAAAGAAUGUUAUGAUAUAAAACCUGAAUCUGUGGAAAGACUUAAAUUCAUAUAUGAUGUUUAUUAUCCUACAACGUGGGAAAUGAAAAAGGAAAUAGGCUCUGUAAUGAUAAAAAUAGGAUCUGUUGUAACAGCGUUUAAUAUUUUUAAAGAUUUAAAAUUAUGGGAAGAAGCUAUUUCUUGUUUAAUUCAAGCAGAUAGAAAAGAAGAAGCAAGAGAAUUAUUAGAUGAUUUAUUAAAAAAGAAAAAAAGUCCAUGCUUGUUAUGUUUAUAUGGAUUAAUAGAGAAGCAAAGAGCUCUAAACUAUUAUAUUGAUGCAUGGGAAGUCUCCAAUUUUAAAUAUGCAAAAGCAGCUAGAUUAAUUGGUAAAUAUUACUAUGAAAAAGAAAUGUAUGAAAAAUGUAGUGAAUAUUUAGAAAAGGCUUUAGAAUUAUCUCCUCUAUUUCCAGAAAUCUGGUUUAUAUUAGGUUGUUCAUAUAUGAAAAUCCAAAAUUUUGAUGAAUCUAUAAAAGCAUUUACACGCAUGAUUAGUAUGACUAAUGACAAUUCAUGCAAAUCAUAUGGUAAUUUAGCUUACUUAUAUAUGAAAAAGGGAACAUACAAAGCAGCUAAAAUAUGUAUUAAUCAAGCUGUUAAAAUGAAUAAUAAUGAAUGGAAAUAUUGGGACACUUAUUUAAAAUUAUCUAUUAUACAAAAUGAUAUAGAUAGUUUUUGUUUAGCUAUAAGAAUGAUAUGUCAAGUUAAUCAAGUUAAGCAAAUACAACCAUGGGUAUUUGAUUAUAUAUCUGAUGUUAUAGUAAAAGAUAAACCUACUUUAAUUCCAAACAAAAAUGGACUAGCUUAUCUAGAUAAAAUUAUUACAACUAUGGAACAUUUGUCUCAAUAUAUAACAGAACUGGAUACAUUCUGGAAUGCCCAUUCCUUUUUUCUUUUUAUAAAGGGAAAAUUUCCAGAUUCAUUUGAGGCAAAAAUUAAGGAAAUACGUUCAAUAGAGAGUAUAAUACAAAAAUGCAAUAACGAAAAGCUAGUUGAUGCGUUGAUUUCGAAGAUAGUGGUUGCCAUCAAAUUUCUUUAUCACUUAAUAAAAUCGCAUGAUGUCGGCGAAAAAAAAGGAACCUUUUUGUACCAACUAAAGAGCCUUAUCGAAUCAACCUUAAAUCAUUACAAAAACCUGGGAAGUGAGAACUUACAGGAGUUAUCACAAAUAAAGAACAUUUUAAAUUAA